GCGCGCCAGUGUGGCUGAAAUCUGUUGCGUUCAAAGUUAUGAAGACAUUGUGAGUCGACGUGCAUUUUCAAUAACAUCUAUAUUACGAUUCAGCAAUGGGGUCGUGUCGUGCAUACAUUUUAAUAGCCACUCUCCAGUUGGCGCAAGUGCUGGCCGUGGAGGAAUUCGCCAAACGCACUCCGCACGGCUUCUUCGGAAUGCGCGGGAAGAAGUACAUUGAGGCCAGAGACACAGAAUUGUUCAAACGUAGACCGAAUUUCUUCGUCGGAGUCAAGGGAAAGAGAGCGUUCGAGUAUCCUGAAGAUCUGUGGCCAUACAAACGCACUCCCAUGGGUUUUGUCGGCAUGCGCGGCAAGAAAGAGUUCACCGAUUUCUCCCUACCAUACAGCUUCGAGUACGACCCAAAGAGGAACCCAAUGAAUCAAAUGGAUUAUAUUAACGACGUCAACCGAGAGUCAUUCAUGAACGCAGCUAUCAAUGAAUACCUUCAAAAGUUGCAAAGUGCUGAUGACGACGAUUCCCGAAUCACAAACGAGGUAGACAAGCGCGCGUUUUACGGUGUUCGAGGUAAAAAAUCGAUCCCAGAAAAACGGCAAAACAGGCGUCGAGGUUUCAUAGGCGUUCGUGGUAAAAAGGACGUGAGGUAUGGCGGGCCUAAAGAGAUUAAGUUUUUGCUGACAGGACCCUGGCCGAAGAGAAAGGCGCAGACUGGCUUCAUAGGAAUGCGGGGCAAGAAGUGGACUGAUGCUGAUUCCAGCAGCGAGAUCGACGCGUCCAACUGAAUCCCCACAAAGGACUACAGAAACACUAACAUAUCCUAUAUUUAAGCUACGCUCUUGCCAAUUAAUAUAAUAGGCUUAUUUAGCGUCGAUAAAUUGAAUUUCUAGUAAAUAUUUACUCUUACAGUAUAAAAAGAACUUCGCUAUUUCUUACGUAUUUUAAAUAAGUAUUAAAUAAAAUAUACUUAAUUGUUGUCAAACAUUAUGAAAUAAUGUAGUUGUUGUUUUAAGAGUUUAUAAAUACUUUGAAAAUAAGAUGUUUAUUAUUGAAUUAUCUACUUCGAUCUCAAUGUAUUGC